ACCACAGUUGAAAGUACACCUAGGAAUCUAUAAAGCGUAGAAUUGUCUAUGCUCAUCCUUACCAUCUGGAUCGAUCUAUACUGCAUGUCCACAUGUACGUGAUUAUGUAUUCUACAAGCUCUUCACUGCUGUCCUGGAUUGGCAAGAGCAUUAAUGGAAUACCAUGUCUCUGCCGGCUUUCGAUAUCUGCCACUAUUAAUAAGGAGCCAAGUAAUUCUGGAAGAAGAGGAAAAAAACCUCCUGGAGGGUCAAGUGGAAAUUGGAAGCGUACUCGCCGGGGACCAAUGAUGUCUCCUUAUAAGGUGGAUGAUGUAAAUAUGAUCUCUGAUUGGUCGUCUCUCUACCAAGCUCAAAGACCUUACGAUCCCUACAUUAUACCCCUUCCCAUUCGCAUGGGCCGUCCAGAAAAGGGGAAAGUCCCUCCCCCGGCUGUAGGAAAUCUGGAACUAAUGAAAAUUCCAAAUUUUUUUCAUCUUACUCCAAUUGCGAUUCAGAAACACUGCAAGGCAUUGAAACCUCUUUGCACUCCCUGGCCGGAUAAUCUUCCACAGAUGCCUCUCAAAAUAGAGACCAGGAAUUAUGUGUUCCCAGGCACUACUGUCCGCCACCCAGGAGCCCGUAAAGUGACACUCAAUGUACGCUUGAGUGACCUCAUGCUCACAGAUCACGCAAGAAACAAGAUGAUCCUGUUGGCUGGACACUGUUACAAUCCUGACAGUAGUACCAUCAGACUUGUAGGAAAACGGUGCCCCACAAGGAAGCAAAACCAAGAAUAUGUUAUGUACCUACUAAAAGUACUCUAUUUGGAGUCAAACCGAGUAGAGCCUUGGGAGCUGUCCAACGAUGAAGAGUGUGCCGGUUGAUCUCAACUCAGUAAACAGUCACUCAUUAUUAUUCCUAGGUUAACAUUGUUUAAUACAUCAAAAUUAAUAUUAAUUACAGCAACUAAACAUAAUUAUGAGGGCGGUUGACAAACUUGU